UCAGAACGAUGUUGCAAGGCAUGUAACAGUAAAAAAAGACUGUUGCUUUCAGCACAAGCAAGAAAUAAUGUUGCUCUGCAGGUAAUUCUGAGAUCAUCAAGACAAGAAAAAAUGAAAGCAGAAAUUUUUAUCCUUCUGAUAAGUGGUGAAUUAAUGAUCACUAUGAUGGCACAGCAGCACCAUUGCAGCCAGCUACAGCAGCCUCGGAAUUUUAGUUCAGAUUCAGAACAUAAUGCUGAAGCCAUACUUGCACCAGAAGCACCAGAACCAGUCCCCGAUAUGCAAGCAAUCUACACAUUGACAGAAAAAAACAGGGAAUUUGGUUUUAACCUCUACAGGAAAAUAGCAAACCUACAUGAAGACAAUGUGUUCUUUUCACCUAUUACCAUCUCCACAAUGUUUGCCAUGAUGUCCCUUGGUGCUAAACAAGUUACAUCUGAUGACAUACUCCAAGUCUUGAACGUAAAAGAUUUGAUCAAAAUGAACAACCCAUACCUGUUGCACACAUUGUUUCAGUGGCUUCACUGCAAUGUUAGCAGCAACAAAGAUCUCCUUAUCUCAGAGGGAAUUGCUUUGUUUGUACAAGAUGACAUUCAUUUGAAACCAACAUACAUCAAUGAUGCUUCUUAUUUUUAUAAUGCUGAUAUAAUUCCUGUAGAUUUUCAAGAUGCAGCCAACGCCACAGAUAUCAUUAAUCAAUAUAUCGACAAUAGAACAAAUGGAAAAAUCAACAAGUUGCUUGAUUCUGUGGAUAGCAAAACCAAACUUCUUUUUACUAAUUACAUCUUAUUCAAAGGGAAGUGGAUGGCUCCCUUUGAUCCAAAUGGUACCAAGGAUGGAAUAUUCUAUAUAAAUGCAUAUACCAGAAUCAAAGUACCAAUGAUGUUCAAAGAGGACACUUUUUUCUUAACACAUGACAAGACACAUUCUUGUAUAAUACUGAAGAUUCCAUACCAAGGAAAUGCAAGUAUGUUGGUGGUGAUACCAAAAAAUGGAGAAUAUCUACAUGUGGAAGAUGAGCUAACAACAGAAUUAUUAGCCAAGUGGAUCAAAGCAUUGAAACCUAAGAAAAUCGAAUUAUAUUUUCCAAAAUUUAAAUUGAACAAGUCGUAUGACAUGGAAAGGAAGCUGAGACAAUUGGGAAUUAUAACACCCUUCACAAACACUGCCAAUUUUUCUGGAAUCUCUUCAUCUUACCAUCUGAAGAUUUCUAAGGUUAUUCACAAAGCAACGAUUGAUGUGAAUGAGAGAGGAACUGAAGCAGCAGCAGUAACCAGUGUUUCAGCAGUGCCUUAUUCACUUCCAACUGUCAUAAAAGUGGACCACCCUUUUGUUUUCAUGAUAUAUGAAGAAAUAACAAACAUGCUACUGUUUAUAGGACGGGUGAAAGAUCCCACCAAGAGUUAAUGUUCUCGUGAGAUUAUUGUUUUUGAAUUGAUUGUUGUUUUGUAAGUUAGGCAUUACAAUAAUGACUCUUGAAAGGAUUAACAAUAUUUUAGACAAUACUGUGUUGGCCUAUAGCAGUACAGAACAUAGAAUAAUCAAUUUGAUUCAAUUUUUCAGAUUUGGAAACUUUCAAUAACUAUGUUUAAUAUUUAAAAGCAUUGAAAUAAAAAAGUCCUUUUCUCAAA